AUGGGAUGUGUGCAGAAGGUGCAGGCGUCACAGCGCGCAGGGCCCGCCCCUGGUGAGAUGCAGGAGGAGCUAGGCCUGGAGCCAAAACACAGUGCCCAGAACCUCCAGGUGACACAAGCCCCAGACCCACAUAGACCAUCAGAACAUCGGCGGGUUAAAUGGCCCCAAGCUAACAAGGAGCACGAGUGGCGCCAGUUUGAUCGAGAUGCCGAUUCUAUCUUGGAAGUAACCGCCAAGGGGGAAGUCAACCGCCGUCUUGAGAUCAUGACCACCAUCAUCAUCAGCCUAGCAGCAGAGAGAUUUGGCCUGGAGGAGAAGAAAGCGACAAAACUCCCUUAUACCAAAAGUAAUCGGGCAAACAAAAUCCACCAACUCAGGCAGGAGCUAAAGACCCUGAGGCGGCAGUUUAAGGAGGCAAGAGAGGAGGAGAGAGGACCUCUGUCAGAGCUACGUGGCAUACUCCGCAACAAGCUUAUGACCUUGAGGAGGGCUGAGUGGCAUAGGAGAAGGAGGAAGGAGAGAGCCAGGAAGCGCACAGCCUUUCUAGAAAACCCAUUUGGAUUUACAAAACAGCUGCUGGGGCAGAAGCGCAGUGGCCAACUUUCCUGCUCCAAGGCAGAGAUCGAUCACCACCUCGACACAACCUUAAGAGACCCAUCCAGAGAGCAAGAACUGGGCAACUGCCAGUCCCUGAUUGACCCACCUGAACCAAUGCUGGACUUCGAUGAGAGGGAGCCUAGCUGGAAGGAGAUCCAGGAGGUGGUCAAAAAGGCAAGAUCAAGCUCAGCCCCAGGACCAAGUGGAGUACCUGACAAGGUAUAUAAGAACUGCCCGAAGUUACUGCACAGGCUCUGGAGGAUCAUGAAGGUGAUCUGGAGGAGGGGAAAGGUCGCCGAACAGUGGCGCUUUGCAGAAGGAAUAUGGAUUCCGAAGGAGGAAGAAUCUAAAAACAUCGAGCAGUUCAGAACCAUCUCCCUGCUUAGUGUUGAAGGGAAGCUAAUCUUCAGCAUUGUAGCAAGGCGACUGACAGACUACCUCUUGAAGAACUCCUACAUCGACACCUCAGUCCAGAAAGGAGGGAUCCCAAGAUACCAGGGUGCCUGGAGCAUAAUGGUGUAG